AUGCAGCCGACCUCUCAUGGGCACUCACCAACACAUCCUGAGCAGAUCAACGUAGAUUUCUGGAAGGGUGGUGCGAAACGCGAUGUUCUACAUAUCGAUAUGGAACAAACCUUUAGUGUGCUGAAUGGCAUUCUGCCACCCGGAAUUAUUUGCAAUUGUCCUAUCUUGCUCCGCACCGCUAAUCUUCAAGUUCCGGCAUGUUGCAGAUCUGCGUUCCCGGCGGUGUCGUUGUCGUUCUGGACGAUGUCUUCCGUUGGAAUGAGGCAGGACUCCCCUCCGGAAUACAGAGAUGUCACUGGGCUAAAGGAGGAGAUUGCGGAUUUGGUUGGCGAGGUGAAUGGCAUCGACAAGAAAUAUCUACAGAUCAGACGGGCUCUCUCGGAGACUACCCUUGAUCCAAACGAUCAAUUCAAAGAAUUCCACGAGAGCUACGUGCAGCUUGUUUGGAAGUCGAGAGAGACAGCGGCGAAAGCUGGUGCUGUGACUAAAGACUUCUGCGGCGAUCUGUUGACCUAUUUGUUGGACGCGGACGUCACCAACGAUGAGAAGGUUACAGAGCUGGAGGCUGUGAUCAAGUAUUGGCAGGGGAGCAGCGAGAUCGAUUGCGGGAUGGGACAAGACUUUGAUAGUCUCUGCGAUGCGCUCGGCGACUUCUCCACCACCAUACGCGAGCGGCUCGAAGAUGCACAAACUGCGGAAAGAGCGCUGAGACAUGAAAUCGACGAGGUGAACAAAGAAAUUUCUCGAUGCGAAUCGGGGUCUGGCAGGCCUCCAACUAGCUUGCCCUUGGCGAGUGGUCUUCCCCUUCAGUGCGGAUCACUGCAUCUCACCUCCGCUCCUGUAGCCAACCUCCGUCCUGCCCUUCGCUACCUUGGCUACCGAUGCGUAUCAGAGAAUGAGGCAAUCUUUUGCAUGGGCGUGCGUACUGGGGCUGGCUUGACGUUCACGCUGACUUCCGAGGCCCUUCGCAUCUCUGCCCUGGCAAGCAAGAGCAUUUUGCACGGGUCACCAGGCGGUGCCGUUGAAGUGGUUGUCACGUCGCUCAAGGAAGGCACCGCUAAUUUGUUACACAUUUUAGAGGCGCCUGGUGGAGCCGAACGGGCCAAAGAGGCACUGACGCUGCAACUUGCUGCUCGACUGGACGCUCUCCGCACGACCGAUCGUGCGAUAGAUAAGAGUGCCGCCAUAUUGAAGGACGUCAACAACUUGAAAAGUGACACGAGCUCGCUCUCCAGUAAACUUACGUGUUUGAACGACGUUUACAAUUUGCUCACCAAAGAAUCCCUCGAGCUGAUAGAACUAGUGAACGCAAACCUGGCAGGCGUGGAUCAUUCAUCCACUUCGAUGUCAGGAUCACGUUGCUGCCUUGCGCGCCACAUAUUGUCCUCUCUGUGCCGCACUGGCCAGUUAUGCGAGAGCUUGAAAGAUGUGAUGCAACGAGGAGAAGGGGAGACGCGCAUCAUCGAGCAAUGUUUGAUAGGCGCUGAUAGUUUUCGGUAG